UUUUCCCCUCUCAUCAAGCCUUCCCCAGUCGAACGCCGUUACCGAAGGCAUCCCUCCUCCCCCCGAUCCAGCCAUGUCGUCCGCGCCGCCCGCCCACCAAUCCAAACCCUCCUACCAGCGCCGCCCUCCCAACUCCGGGCCGAGACAGCAGCCGCCGCCGCAGCAGCACCAGCAGCAGCGCUACGUCCCCAAAUCCGCCGCCCCUUCCGCUCCUAAACCCUCGCCCCCACCACCGCUCACCACCGCCCUCCGAUCAUCGGCCGCCCCGUCUGCAUCUGGCGCCGGCAGCAGCAGCGGCGGCGGAGCGGCCGAUGGGUUCGUGUUCUACCUGCCGCACGACGAGGCGGUUGCGGCCGGGCUCGGCGGCCUCGACGCCCAGGAGUCGCAGGCCGUCGUCGACCUCCUCAACGACGCGCUCGCGUCGCUCCUCCGUGCCAAGCCUCGCGAGUUCUGGCGCCAGGUGGCACAGAAUGCCUCUCUGCAUGCAUUCCUAGAUAGUUACCUACAAUUCAGACACCGGUGGUAUGAUUUGCCACACAGGGGUCCCAAAGGGACAGUUGCUGGUUUGGUUGUUGGGGAGCUUGAGCUUUGCCGCCGUGUCUUUAUGGUCCUCUACCGCAUAUCAUCAAACAAGGAUCCUGGAUCAGGCCCGGGUGAGUCCCUUAGUACGAAGGAGCAUACAGCCCUUCUACAGGAGAAAAGACUGCUUGAUCUACCAAAGUUGUUGGAUAUAUGUGCUAUAUAUGGGCAUGACAAUGGGGAGUUGACAAGUUCACUGGUUACAAAUGCAAUCGUUGUGCAGCCCAAUUUACUCGAUGGCAUCAAUACUGUCCUUCCCCAAUUCCUGGACAUUUUCCACACAAUGCAGGACAGAUGCAUGGACUCACUACAGGUGCUCAGUUCACCUGGACCAAAUGUCAGUGGACAUACCCAGCUUCAGAAAGAUUUCUCGGAGGUGCUGGAUUUUGUUAAUGAUGCAAUUAUUACUCUGGAUGCCUUUGCUGAGGCUUACCAGCCUGCUGCAUUAUUAUUAUGUGCUUCUUUUGAAAGAGGGGAUCGAGUUGAGGAAUUGCUGAACACCCUUGCAAGUUUGUAUGAUUUGUUGUUACCAUCUUUGCUUCAGGGGUUUCAAGUUAUGUCCAGUUCCCAAAGCAAUGGAGAGACUUCGUCUGAAAGUAUACUUAAUGACAUAGUUCUUGGCAUAAGAAUGCUAUCAAAGAGAGCUGUUGGAUUUGGUUGGAGAUUAUUAGAGUUCUGCUAUUUAAAUGAUCAACUUAAGGAGGAGGAUGUCCAAGCAUCUACUAAGAUGUUUCCAGCUAAAGUCGAAGAUCCUAUGAUCAGGGGAGAAAUAAUAGUUCAAAUACUCAAGGAUAUCAAUAGAGAAGCUACUUACUCUUCUAAAGGGAAUCCUGGAAAGACGUUUCUGCAAGCUCUUCAAAAGGAAUUUCAGUUGAUGAGCCGGAUUGGCGAUAUUUGGAACAAAGGAUGGAUAUACAUGGAGGAUGAGCAGUUCCAGUUCAUAUCACGUCUGUGCGGAUCCACUGUCACUUCUUGGAAUAGUGUCCCUGGUUUGCCAAUAUCUUCCCAUGGUGGUGAACUUCAACAGAAGAAUGAGGAAGCUGCUGUCAUUGAGUCCAAGAUUAGUCAGAUAAGGGACCUUCUUCCUCAUUAUGGGAAAGGUUUCCUUGCCGCUUGCUUGGAAGCCUACAACCAGAACCCUGAGGAAGUUAUCCAAAGGAUACUAGAUGGAACACUUCAUCAGGAUCUUCUAGCUUUAGAUACUUCGUUACAAGAGAUGCCACAACAAAAAUCUGCACCUAGUGUUGCGAAAGAUAAAGGCAAAGGCGUACUAGUGGAAACUAUUCCUAAUAUUGCAAAUAAACCCCAUAAAGUUGAAGCCCAAUCUUCUUCAGUCUCAUCAGCAUCCAAGGCUCCUAUCUCAUAUUUAUCUUCAGUUUCAUCAGCAUCCAAGGCUCCUGCCUCAUCUGUAUCAUCAGUUCCACAAGGUAGAUUUACAAGGAAGACCAAUGAUGAUCUGCCCAACUUUGCAGUUCUAGACCCGCAAAAAGCCAAAGAUGCUGUUAAGUCAGCUGUCCUUGAUUCCCAGUAUGAGUACGAGGAUGAGUAUGAUGACUCGUUUGAUGAUCUUGGCUUCAGCGUGGCGGAGUCAAGUUACGAGGAAGCAGAGGGCGCCAAUGAUGAUGCUGAGGGUUCCUCCAGUGGCCCACGUUGGGCUUCACAGAAGAAGCCACAGUUUUAUGUCAAGGACGGGAAGAACUACAGCUACAAGGUUGCUGGUUCAAUUGCUGUAUCAAAUGCUCGAGAGGCGGCAGUCUUAAACAAUACUCAGAAAGAUACAAUUCAUGGUCUCGGUCGUGGUGGAAAUUUACCUAUUGGUGGAAAUUUACCUAUGGGAGUUCCCAACAGGCAACAUAGAGUUGUGGAGGAAGAGGAGGGUGGUCAUGCAAACAGCUUCAGCAGAGGAGGCUCGAAUCCCCGUGGUCGGGGCAGGGGCAGAAGAGGUGGCUGGGAUCAGGGUAACCCAGCGGAGGAGAACGAGAAUUCUAGUGGGCCACAAAGUUUUGGCCGUGAUGGAAGAAGAGGGGGCAGGAACCAUGGCAACCUGCCAGAGGUAAAUGAUGGCCAACAAGGUUUUGGCCGUGGUGCAAGAAGAGGGAUCAGGGAUGAGGACAAUCGGCAAGAAAUGAACAACCACUCUAAUGUCCAGCAAGGUUUUGGUCGUGGCGCAAGAAGAGGGGCCAGGGAGGAGGACAACCAGCCAGAGGUAAACAACCAUCCUAAUGCCCAGCAAGGUUUUGGUCGUGGCGCAAGAAGAGGGGACAGGGACGAGGACAACAGGCCAGCAGGGAAUAACCAUGGCCAGCAAGGUUUCGGUCGUGGUGGAAGAAGAGGGGACAGGGACGAGGACAACAGGCCAGAAGGGAAUAACCAUGGCCAGCAAGGUUUCGGUCGUGGUGGAAGAAGAGGGGACAGGGACGAGGACAACAGGCCCGAAGGGAAUAACCAUGGCCAGCAAGGUUUCGGUCGUGGUGGAAGAAGAGGGGACAGGGAUGAGGACAACAGGCCAGAAGUGAAUAACCAUGGCCAGCAAGGUUUUGGUCGUGGUGCAAGAAGAGGGGACAGGAACCAUGACGAUCCAGUGGAGGACAAUGAAGAUCGUAAUGCAGCACAAGGUUUCGCUCGAGGAGGGCCAGGCCCCCGUGGAGGCGGCCGGAAUCAUAACCGGAGGGAUCAGGCGCUGAGGAAGCAUAUGCAAGGAAUGACAGGGCUUUAGCUCACCACCGUUUGAAGUUCAGCAGGAAGUGUAAAUUUGUCCAAAUGGUUUUGAGGGACAGAUGAUGUUCACACAAGCGCUUGUAUUUUGGUUGUUACAAUUACAUGAUACACAACAUGCAGCUGCAGCCCCCAUAGAUACUUUUUUGUUUUGAAAAAGACGUUGUAUGAAAUGUGAGAAUUCUUAAAGGUGAAUUACCGUGAAGUAGCUUGGUCGCCCCAAGAACUGCUUCCUUUUUGGUACUUGAAAGGUUUAUGUUGGUCCAA